CUCUGCUUCCGGUUCCUGGCGCUUCCCUCCAGCGAAAACCAGCAUGUUCCCCUGGACCCCCAGCGUCUUGCCUGAAAGAGACCACUCAACCUGGACGAACCCUUUGGCGGCCUCAGACCGUGCUUGAGGAGGAUGACUGAGACACUAUGGGCCACGCGCUUUGUGUCUGCUCUCGGGGAACUGUCGUCAUUGACAAUAAGCGCUACCUCUUCAUCCAGAAACUGGGGGAGGGUGGGUUCAGCUAUGUGGACCUAGUGGAGGGGUUGCAUGAUGGACAGUUCUACGCCCUGAAGCGAAUCCUGUGUCAUGAGCAGCAGGACCGGGAGGAGGCCCAGCGAGAAGCAGACAUGCAUCGCCUCUUCCAUCACCCCAACAUCCUUCGCCUUGUGGCUUAUUGUCUGAGGGAGCGAGGCACUAAACAUGAGGCCUGGCUGCUGCUACCCUUCUUCAAGAGAGGUACGCUGUGGAACGAGAUAGAAAAGCUGAAGGACAAAGGCAACUUCUUGACUGAAGAGCAAAUCCUUCGGCUGCUGCUGGGUAUCUGCAGAGGCCUUGAGGCUGUUCAUGCCAAGGGUUAUGCCCACAGGAUUUCAGCCUUCCUGUCCAGAGAUGCUCAUGGGUCAUUUCCACUUCCCUGCAGGGACUUGAAACCCACCAAUAUCUUGCUUGGAGAUGAGGGGCAGCCAGUUUUAAUGGACUUGGGUUCCAUGAGCCAAGCAUGCAUCCAUGUGGAGGGCUCCCGCCAGGCUCUGGUCCUCCAGGACUGGGCAGCCCAGCGGUGCACCAUCUCCUACCGGGCCCCGGAGCUCUUUUCCGUGCAGAGCCACUGUGUCAUCGAUGAGCGGACUGAUGUCUGGUCCCUAGGCUGUGUGCUAUAUGCCAUGAUGUUUGGGGAAGGCCCUUAUGACAUGGUGUUCCAGAAGGGUGACAGCGUGGCCCUUGCUGUGCAGAACCAACUCAGCAUCCCACAGAGCCCCAGGCAUUCUUCAGCCUUGCGGCAGCUGCUGACCUUAAUGAUGACUGUGGACCCCCAGCAGCGCCCUCACAUUCCUUUCCUCCUGAGUCAGUUGGAGGCACUGCAGCCCCCAGCUGAGGGCCAGCACACUACCCAAAUCUGAACAAACCAGUGGCCAUGUUGAGAAAGCGGCCCCUGUACCUUGGGAAGAAGCUCCCCGUCCCUCAGUGGAACCUCCAUCUGUUCUAUCCAGCACAGCUCCCUUGUAGUUGGGGGCAGCCGGGGGUGGGGACAGUCAACUCAGUCUUCUGUCUCUGAUUCUGCUCUCUUACCCCCAAGAGUUACAACUGGACUAGGGGCCAGACUGGAUAGAGGUUGUUGAGGGUCGGGGAUGGGGAACUAAUGGAAUCUGGUACAGGCUCUGAGCAGGACUGCUGAGCUUACAUCAUGAUCUGCCUCCAAAUCUGGGAGCAGGAGAAUCUAUAAACAGAAGAAUAAAGUAAAAGCAGCUUGGUGUGA